GAGCUCUAUACUUUCAGUUUAGUGCUGUUCUCUGAAGAAAGCAGUCGCAUUCGUCUCAGUGAUGUUGAAACUACAAAAGAAGAGCUGGUCAAACAUGAAGAUUCUUUUCUGUCUGUCUGCUCUUGUAGCUGUCUCCUUCGCAGUUGACUCCAAACACUCUCCAGCCAAGGUUCAGGUGUACAGCCGUAUGCCAGCAGAGUACGGCUAUGAAAACAUCCUGAUCUGCUAUGUGAGUGACUUCCACCCACCUGACAUCAGCAUCCAGCUGCUGAAGAAUGGAGAGGAAAUCUCCAAUGCCAACCAGACUGACCUGGCCUUCGAACAGAACUGGCACUUCCAUCUGACCAAGACUGUGGCCUUUAAACCAAUCAGCGGAGAACAGUACAUCUGCAUGGUCACUCAUGGGAAUACCACAAACAACUAUGUCUGGAACCCAAACAUGUAACUCUCAGAAAAGGCCAAGAGUGUCCAGAGGGAUACCGGAUGUUUUGGCCUCGUCUCCAGCAGCAUUUAUUGUUCACAUCUCAAAUCAACAGGAUCACAGUUUCUCCCAAUUUUCAAUUUUAUUUCACAAAACAUAAAUAUCAAUAUCCUAUCAAGGGGAAUAUCCACCUGCUAUUGUAAUGUGUGUGAAUGCACAGGUUGUGGGACAUUUAUUAAUUUGUAAUUAAGCAGUGUGUGUAUAUUAUACUGAAGUGAUUAAAUGAGUGUUUGCUUGGCCUAUAAUAUUUGUUUCGGCACACUCUUUUUUAACCUAAAUGGGGUAAUCAAAUGCAAA